UACCCUUCUCCGCGAGACGCUUCCAGAAAACACAACCCACCUCGCUUCAAAAGUUGAAAAUCGAGAUACACCACCCAAAGCCUCUCUCUCUCUCUCUCUCUACGCAAGAACAAACCCUAGUUUUUCUUCCAAAAGGCAUGUCGACGGAAGGAGGAUCGACAUCUUCGCAAUUCACGUAUUCCAACCCAUCAUACUUCCCUCUCCCUUUCCACCUCCAGAAAUCCGAUCCAACGGUCCAGCAACCGCCAGAUCAGCAGUACCUUAUCCAGCAGUACCCGCCCAAACCCUACCUCCCGCCACCGCCCCCGCAAAUCCCUCCGCCGGCGAAAAUCCCAGCAGCCCCCGUCUUUCCUUCCGCCUAUCCCGCCCCGGCCCCUGUCCCUGGCGUCUACUCUCUGCCGCAGUAUCAGCAGGCCCAGCAAUUAUUCCAAAGGGAUGCCCAAACAAUUACACCAGAAGCUCUGGAAAGUGUAAAGGCUGCUCUCGCAAGCAGUGAAAUCGAGCACAAGGCGGAAACCAAGAAAAAGGCAAUACCUCGUAAAGCUGCCGGGCAAACUUGGGAGGAUCCAACUCUUGCAGAGUGGCCAGAAAAUGAUUACCGCUUAUUUUGUGGGGAUCUUGGCAACGAAGUGAAUGAUGAGGUUCUUUCAAAAGCGUUUUCUAGAUUUCCGACCUUCAACAUGGCUAAGGUGGUUAGAGAUAAGAGGACUGGAAAAACCCGGGGUUAUGGAUUUGUUAGUUUUGCCAACCCUUCAGACCUUGCAGCAGCACUGAAAGAAAUGAAUGGUAAAUAUGUUGGAAACCGUCCGAUCAAGCUGCGUAAGAGCACAUGGAGGGAGAGGACAGAUGCUGAGGCCUUAGAAAGGCAAAAGAACCAUACUCAAAAGAAACCAAAGCUGCCAAAGAAGAGUGUCUUACACAAAUGAAACUGCCAAACAUGCUGAUACGUUCGAUUGAUAAGAAAGGAUGCAAAGGCGGUAGUGUACAUGGAUGGACCCAGAACUGAUUGCUAAUGGCUGUUGCUGGGUCCCGGAAUCAACAAUGAGAUUAGUUUCAGAUUGUUGGUUUUAUUUGUAAAAUAUGUUUAACCUUUUCUUCUUUUCUAUUUUUAAAAACAAUUUCACAUGUAAUUUACGCAGUCCUAAUAGCAAACUCUUUGGGAAUUGAA